CACAUCAAUAACCACAACCUUAAAUCCGCAUAAUUUCUUUGGUCAGAAAAAAUCCCCAUAAUUUCUAGAGAAAAAAAAAUCAAAAUUUCACUGCUUUUAAUGUUGUCUCACACAUGGAAGAAAAAAUAGGUUUAAUUCCUCGUUUAUGUGGGUUUGACUGUGAGAAGAGAAAAAAUAAAAGGGGCAACGAGGUUUUAUGGAUACUAAGUUUCGUUAUCAGUAUAAUUUAGAUACCGUGUAUAUUCUUUUCUGUAAGCAUUCCAUAAAUAUGAAUACAAAUCCAAUAUUUUCCUAUGUGAAACCAAAGCACCCAAAAAGAUCACUCUAGCAACUCCCAUACAAAUCCAAUAUUUUCCCAUGUGAAACCAAAGCACCCAAAAAGAUCACUCUAGCAACUCCCUCUGUCAACGUUCAAACAGCUCUUUCCAACAAAAACCCAAGACUCGCAUGCGAGAGAGAAAGAGAAAGGACCUGUUCUUCUUUGUUACUGUACUACAAUGUUUUCAAGCUUUGUUAAUGGCGUCGCGAUUGUCGGGAUUCUGGUAGGAACCCUACCUCUCUGAAUUUCCGGUCCUCUUUUUCCUCUGUUUAUAUUGUUUGGACCUGUGGAAGAGAAAGAAACAGCAAGAAUACAACGUCGGAGAGAAAAUUAUGAGUCGUUUUCUGGGUUGAGUUGGUUGGAUCAGUUUAUACGUACAGUUUCUGAUUGGUCGCUUUACUUUCGUUUGGAUUUAUGGCUCUACUCGUAUGUAGAAGCGGCAAAUGGUUUCGUGGAAAUGUUAAAUGGCUUAGUGAAGCACUAUUGAGUUUCAGCAGGGAACAGCCAUAGUUCUGACAGAUUUCUUCAAGACAUUAUUUGAUAGGCAGCAUUCCACAGACAGCAAAUAACAAGCUAUUAUUUCUGUUGGCUUGGUUGAACGUGGCUGAUCUUUGUCCAAUUUAAUCGAACUCUUCAUGAGACUGAUCUGUUGUGUUGGAGGGAAAAAACAGAAACUUCAGCUUUACUCUGGGGCAUAUCUCCUUUGGCAUCAUAGCUCUUUUUAGAAGCAAACAAUUCUUUUAGAUUUUAGAUACAUAUUUAUUUGUGAAGUUUCAACUCUGCUGGGCAAAUCUCCUUUGGCAAAAAUUCCUACAAUUUCCUUUGGUCGGGUGAAUUUCUUAGGGAAGGUGUUUAUUAUCAUCUUUUGCAGCUCUUUCUAGAGGGAUCUCCUUUCAUACAAGGAACUUCACUCUGACCUUCAAAUAAGAUACCUGGCAAGUUUACCCCCUUGUUACUUCUGUGGGAAAUCUCCUUUGGAAGUUUCCUCCAGUGUAAACUUCAGUCCCAUUUGGGCAAAUCUCCUUUGGCAUUUGGAGUCAUUCGUUGGCUCCUUCGUCCCUUUAGGGCAAAUCUCCUUUGGCAUUAGAAUCAAAAUAUCCUCUUCAGGAUAUUUUACUCACUAUCUGUUUCAAACGGUUGAAUCAACUGGAAGAUACAUAUUCCACUAUUCAUAACAGAUAAGUAUAGUCAUAUCAUUGGCUGUGUCCUCUUUAGAUCUACUGAGAAUUGAGAGCCUAAGAUUGAGACUGGCAUAUCUUGGUUGCUACAGUUUGUUCAGACAGGAGUGAAAUUACUGGUGCUGAAAAAUGGAUGUGCUCCUCACUGAUUCUGAUUGGGAAAGUUUUAGUGAAAGUGGCACUAGCGAGGAACAGGAAGAAAUUGAAUUUCUGUAUGGCGGCCAGGCUUGUACCAUACUAUCAAGUCUGCAGGAAAGUAUUGGAAAAAUUGAUGACUUCCUCUCAUUUGAGAGGGGAUUCCGUCAUGGGGACAUUGUGCGCUUUGUAACAGACCCAUGUGGACAGAUGGGUAGAAUAACCAAAAUUAAUAUGUUUGUGGAUCUUGAGAAUGUUCAUGGGAAAAUCAUAAAAAAUAUAAAUUCAAAACAACUUUUGAAGAUCCACUCCAUUUCAGUUGGGGAUUAUGUGAUUAAUGCAACUUGGAUUGGAAGGGUGGAUAAAGUAGUUGACUGUGUCUCUGUUGUCUUUGAUGAUGGGUCUAAGUGUGAGGUCAUUGCUAUGGAUAACAAGAAGCUUCUGCCUGUUUCUCCCAACAUAAUCGAUGACUCACAAUUUCCAUAUCAUCCAGGACAGAGAGUACAGGUUGUGCCUUCAAAUGUUUCUAGAUCAACUAGAUGGUUAUGUGGUACCUGGAGGGAAAAUCAGGAUGAAGGCACUGUUUCUGGUGUAGAUGCAGGUUUUGUCUAUGUUGAUUGGAUUUCCUCUUCUUGCUUCGGUGGAGAUUUGAGUGCCUCUCCUCCCUCUUGUUUGCAGGAGGCAAAGGACUUGACUUUGUUGUCAUGUUUUCCUCAUGCAAAUUGGCAGCUUGGUGACUGGUGUAUGCUUUCUUUUGCUGACCGCAAGGGGACUAAUGAAGAGUUUCUGCAUGCAUCAACUCAUGAUAUAAUUAAAGGUAACUGGAAACUAGAAAAAGGAUUUAAAAGAGGAAACCAGGAUUCUAGAUUGGAGGAGAUCUUUGUUAUUAUCAAGACAAGGACCAAGGUUGAUGUUGUGUGGCAGGAUGGUACCUGCAGUUUGGGACUAGAUUCACAGACUUUACUUCCUGUUGGCAUUGCAAAUGCACACGAAUUUUGGCCUCAUCAAUUUGUCCUGGAAAAGGGAAAUAGUGGCAAUAGUCAAAGAUGGGGUGUGGUGUGUAGCAUGGAUGCAAAAGAAUUAACAGUUAAGGUACAGUGGAGAAAUAUGGCUGUGAAUCAAGUAAAUGGUUUUUCCCAGGAGGGGGUGGAGGAAACUGUUAGUGCUUAUGAACUUGUUGAGCACCCUGACUACUCCUACUGUUAUGGGGAUAUUGUGUUUAAGGUGGUUCAGAACCAGUUUGAUGAUCAACCUGAUGAAGGUCAUGUAAUCUCAGAAAAUGGUUUUGGCACAGAAGUUGUUUCAAAAGGCAAAAACUUGAAUUUGGGUAGGAACAAGUAUCCCAGUACAUGUUGUCUAUCCUGUAUCGGCAUUGUCAUUGGUUUUAAAGACGGUGAUGUGGAGGUGAAAUGGGCUUCUGGUAUUCCAACAAAGGUUGCACCGUAUGAAAUUUACCAUUUUGAUAAAUAUGAAGACCCAGCCACAACUACUGCUCUCGAUGAAGAAAAUACCGAGGUUUUCAAUCAAGAGGUGUUUGUGCAUGAGACACAGUCUGAUAGCCACAAAGGAAAGGAGUUGCUGAAUUUUGAUGGUGCUGAUGAAAUUGGCGAAAAAUUCUCAUGGGCGCCUACUUCCUUCUUCCGUCCUCAAGCUGCUAUUGGAUUUUUCUCCAGCAUUGCUGCUAGUAUCCUUGGAUCCCUUGGUUCCAGAUUACUGUUAAACCAAGAGUCAUCUGGUCAUAAUUCUCAUGAUGCAAAAGAAAAUGGCAUUCUCUUUGAGAAAGAAGUGUUGAAAACUUGCAAUCACUGGGCUGAGCAAGAUCUGAGUGAAUUGCCGAUAUUUGAAACAACAAACAUAAAGCAGGAUGUCAAAGAGAUUGAAGAAAACAAAGGUAGUAUGAUGCCAAGGCCCGGUGAGACUUCAGAUCAAUUUAGGCAGUUUGAUAUGGAUAGUGAUUGCUCAGAUCACCACUUUCUUGGUGAAAGCAAGGUGUUGGCUGUCUCUCAGGUGAAAAGAAGUUGGAUCAAGAAGGUUCAGCAAGAAUGGAGUAUUCUAGAGAAAAACCUUCCUGAAACUAUCUAUGUCCGUGUAUACGAGGAAAGGAUGGAUCUACUAAGAGCUGCCCUUGUUGGUGCUCCUGGAACACCCUACCAUGAUGGGCUGUUCUUUUUUGACAUUUUUCUUCCUUCAGAGUAUCCGUAUGAACCACCUUUGGUGCACUACCAUUCACAGGGCCUCCGCCUCAAUCCCAACUUGUAUGAAUCAGGGAAGGUUUGCUUAAGCCUUCUAAAUACAUGGACAGGUUCAGACACGGAGGUCUGGAAUCCUGGAAAAUCCACAAUUCUUCAAGUUCUUCUAUCCUUCCAGGCUCUUGUGCUUAAUGAGAAACCUUAUUUCAAUGAGGCUGGAUAUGAUAAACAGUUAGGAAGAGCUGAGGGGGAGACAAACUCAGUGAGCUACAAUGAAAAUGCUUUCCUUGUAACCUGCCAGUCUAUGCUUUAUAUAAUCCGCAAGCCACCCAAGCAUUUUGAGGCACUUGUCAAGGAGCACUUUAGUCGACGUGCCGAAAUUAUUCUCUCGGCUUGCAAUGCAUACAUGGAAGGUGUGCCUGUAGGAUUUGCUCUUGAAAGUGGUGGAAAUGGGCAUGAUGUAAACUUUAAAGGAAGUUCAACUGGCUUCAAAAUCAUGCUCGCUAAGCUUUACCCAAAGCUUGUGGAGGCAUUUUCAGAUCAGGGAAUUGAUUGCAGCCAAUUCCGUGGGCUGGAGAAGUGAAUUUGCUGCUGAGGCGAUAGUGAACACAAGUGUACAUCACCAAAAUUGCUAUCGUGUGAAUAGCUUUGUAUAAUAUUCCUCACCAGAUUUCAAAAACAAAAGUCAGAACAAAGAUUCCUCUAAGGAAAGCUCCGUAUCAUAUCGGGGUGUGCUUUGCUGAAAGAUUGCAAUGUUUUCCUCUUGUCUAUUACAGUCGGAAACCAUUGUUAACAGGCUUGUGCUAUGAUUGUACGAAACUAUUGUUUGCAGACAAUUAAGAUUGUGAAAUAAGAAGUAAUGGUUGGAUUGGUGUGUUUUAUGUGUCUGGCAAUAUUCUUUUGGAGUUUCCUCGGCACCUAUUACGUAUCAAUUCUAAUUGCUGAUGUCGGACAAAACC